UCCUCUUCUCUCGGCAGUGAGUGGAGCGCCAUAGAGAAGGAGAUGGGGGAUGGACUGCAGAGCGCCGGACAUCACAUGGAUGUAUACGCGGCCUCCAUAGACGACAUCCUGGAGGAGCAGGAACACUACGCCGACCAGCUGAAGGAAUAUUUGUUCUAUGCGGAGGCUCUGAGGGCCGUGUGCCGGAAACACGAACUCAUGCAGUACGACCUGGAAAUGUCCGCCGUGGACCUCGUCACAAAGAAGCAGCAGUGUGAGGAGCUCGCCACCGGGGUACGUGCGCCGAACCGAUCCUCAAGGGGCCGGAAUUACUCUGAUGUAGAAAAACUGGUUUCUGACCCAUAA